AUGCUCUACGAGCUGAGGGAGGAUGGGACGUACGAGAUGAAGGAGAUGUCCAUCAGGGAGGUGUUUAACUACGUUCAAGCUGGGUUCAGCAUGUGA